AAUCAUCAGCUGCAUUUGAAUUAGACCAAACCUCGUUAGAUAAUCUGGAAGAGCAAUCAAAUUUAUUGUCUCUGUUAAUUCAAAAACGAAGAACAGUUGCGAUUCGUCAUCGCAAACGUAGUGUUUCAAGAAGACAGUCCGUUCAAUAUGAAGAUAAUGUUAAUGCAAUGUUAUCUAACAAAAAUAUUAUACGAUCCAAACUUGAAAGGCUUUUCGAAGAGAAGCAAACUGAUUGA